CGGUGACCGCGGCCGUAAUGGCGCCGCUUCCGCAGGCGCGGGUCCUGCGUUGCUGCAGCUGCCGCCUCUUCCAGGCGCACCAGAUGAAGAAGAGUCUCAAAUGGACAUGCAAAGCCUGUGGAGAGAAGCAGCCGUUUUUGCGGGCUUACGGUGAGGGCUCUGGUGCUGACUGCAGACGCCAUGUUCAAAAAUUAAAUCUGCUGCAGGGACAGGUUUCAGAGAUGUCACUCAGGUCUUUGGAAGAACCUGUAAAUGCCAAUGAAGAGGAAAAUGCAGGUCCUCAGCAGGCUGCGCACACAAGUCUGCAGGAAAAAGCCCAGCCCUCAGAGAACCGCUGGAUGAAGUAUCUGGAAAGGGAGUCCAAAGACCUGGGGCCAGAAGGAAGAAGGGUGUGUUUCAGCAGACAGCCCUCCUCCAGGACAGAGAAGCCAGAGCCUCCGUUCAACACAGGCCUGCCUAGAAAAAGGAAAUGGAGCCAGAGCACGGUCCAGCCUCCAUGCAGCCCUAAUGUCCAGGACUCAGGCAACUCUCAGCUCACCUUGGAGCCCCAGGGCGAUGUGGGCCUGGCAGGGAACGUCAAAGAAGGAAGUGGUCAUGAGGACUGGGACACCAGGGAGCUCACUGUUCCUCAUGGGGAACCACCAUGUCCUGCCCAGCAGGUCAGGACCACGUCUUCUAAGUGGGAACGAUUUCUUUUGCCACCUGGGAACAGCUCACAUAUGGACAUGGAGCCCCCAACAGCCCUGCAGAAAGGCCUCAGGCCAGCGGGGGCAGCACAGGCUGAGCAGGGGACGCCCAGGGCCCAGACCCCAAGGGAAGGGCUCUUCAGCAGGCCCCUCAGUACACUCCAGCUUCCUGGGGCCACACACACUCCCACAUCUGGGCCCAAGAGGCCCUGCGGGAAGACCGCGGAGCAGCUGUGGGGCACGGUGUAUCAGGUAGAGGGUGGGCCCUUGGUCAAAGGGACACAGGAGGCCCCACUUGUGCGACUAUGUGACCUCUUUAAAACCGGUGAGGACUUUGAUGAUGAUCUGUGACAGACUAGCAUACUGUCAGUUGAGACAUCCUUGUUCACUGAGCCCUUCUCCACUAGACCUUAUGCCAUUGGAAACAGGACCCCUAAGGUGCUUUUAAAUAGGACUGAGGAUGAUUUAUGGGAACUACCAAGAACUUGACAAUAAACGUGACUAUCAAACAAACAGAUCAUCUCCUGUUGCAACAUCUUUGAUUAAAGUGCUUAUACCAUUUAAUUACAGAGUGUUUACAAAUAUGAUAACAGAAUGGCUACAAAGGGAUUUUCUUACUUUAAAAGCAGUUGACACAUUUGGAAAUGAGAGAACUACAGUGGUUAUGAAACAGAGGCAGGACUCAGUGAACACCAACGUCACCCUCCCUAUCUGCCCUUCUUUAUUCCUGGAUAGGAAGCCCACAGUGCUGGGCUGUCCUUCCCUCCAGUACUUGCUCCAGGGCAGCCUCCUCUGCCCCGACAGAACGUUGGCUGUACUCUAUAGAAACCUAGAGUUUCUAGCAGAAAAUCAACUACAUGUCAGCAUACUAUUAGUCAUUUAAAAAAAAA